UAUACUUCUGCUGGAUAUGUACAUAUACGUUAUUAGAUUCUACAUAUUUAUGUAAGCUAUUAACAUUUUUUGUCAAAUAUCUGUCGAAGCUUGAAAACUCACAACAAGUUUGCUAAUAUUUGACAAUGCAAAUAAGCAGAAGAGCAAUAAAAAACCUUUGAUUCGACAGUUGUCGAAAAGAAAUACAUAUUUAUUCUAAGUAAUAUGCAAUGCUAACAUAAAAAUCGCAAGAUCUCCAGCGCAUACUGGCCAGUAUAGAAAUAGAACUUGCAAGCGCAGCAGCCAGUCAUUAGUAGCGAUAAAACGUGUAAUUGCAAAACAUGCUCCAAACCGACAGCGACUAAGUUGAAGUGCGAACGUUCGGUUGAUAAGAGUAAAAGUGAGCUUAGCCAGUAGUUAAAACAAAAAGAAAAGAACAGCAAAUUUAAAAAGGAGUAAAAUUUUGCAAAGAAAAAUGCUGAAAAUUACUAGACUCGGCGGCAGCCUACUCUUGGCGGUAUUACUACUAUGCACAACCAUUCGGCGUGUGGCUGUUAACGCCGACACAAAAGUGCUCUACACACUCAGUUUAUUUCAACCAGGAUACGGCAGCCGCGAUGAGGUCAUCACACUGGAAAAUGCAGGCACGGCGAAUGAGGAAUUGGUUGUCAGAGGCAAUUGGACAACUGAAUUUGGUCCACCCAACAAAGUUGGCCUCGUUUUUAGGGAGAUGACCGAAUAUAUUGCCGAUAAUAAUGGCUAUCGCGUGCGUUAUCGCAUCAUAGCAGUGCCCUUGGCGCAGGCUAGAUUGAGUCCAGGCGCACUAAUGUCAGCGGCCGGUUGAGAAUGCCACCAUGGAGAGACGAAGAGUAAAUAGACACCUACGUCGAAUUUUAAAUUAAAGUAUUUGUUUUUUUUUUGCUUAGACUUAAGUGUGUUGAAUUUAAUAUGAAAAAAAAAGAUCGAAAGCGCGAAAAUAAAACUUUAAAUAUCUAAGCUUUGAGUUAAUUGUGUUAAUGCAUUGUGUUGAUUAUCCAGUUGGUUGAGUAAACGCACAUGCACAAAUAUUUGCACUGGACUGGUUUGAAAUCUAAGCAAGCGUCUCAGAGUUUUAGUAACUUAGCGAAACGAUAUUUUUUGGAAUUUACUAAGAAAUUGUGAGAACCCUACAGACAAGUAAGAAAAUAUGCAUACAUUUACAUAUGUAUAUGGUGUUGGCUGGACUAAACGUUUGCCUGUAAAAUCGCCUCAUGGAAAGACCCUAUUAGAGAGAGGCAAGUUUUUAUUAUUUAGUAGAAUGAUACAAGAAAUAUAAAAUAAUUACUGAACCCAAGUGAUGCACAUUCUUUUGUUUUGAAUUUUAUUUA